AUGUGCGAAAUAAUGAACUACACACCUAGUGGGGCUAGCAAGACAGGAUGGGACACGGAUAGGACAAGUGCGCGGGAAAAACAUCGGGUCCGAUGCGGCCUAAACGUCGGGAUCCAAGCUGAAUUAGAAAACGGCGAUGAUGGGAUGUGGGGACCAUUUCAGGAUGAAGAUGAGUGGGAGCUUGGAAAGUGGCUGAUACAGAAUGUGGGGCAGACUCAGACCGACAAGUUUCUAAAACUGCCGAUUAUCAAGGACCGGACCGGACCCUCAUAUACAUCCAACAAAUCGUUCUUGAAGAAGAUUGAUCGGCUUCCCACGAAAGGCCCUGACUGGCAUUGUGACCUCAUCAAGGUCGCGGGAGAUGUGCUUGACAGGGAUGGGGAAAUGUUGACAACGGACUUGGAGCUAUGGCGCCGUGAUCCAGUGGAAUGCAUUCGCAAACUCAUCGGAAAUCCUGCCUUCAAGGAUGCGAUGGCCUUUGCACCCGAACGAGCCUACAAAGAUCGUCAGGGCAAGGUUCGUAUAUACGAUGAGAUGUGGACUUGUGAUUGGUGGUGGGACAUGCAGGGCAAACUACCGCCAGGUACCACGAUAGCCCCUGUCAUUCUUGCAUCUGACAAGACAAGUCUGUCUCAGUUUCAUGGAGACAAAUCAGCAUGGCCCGUCUAUCUCACCAUUGGCAACAUUGAGAAGUCGACUCGUCGAAAACCGCGGAUGCAUGCCGCUAUCUUAGUCAGUUACUUGCCUGUUGCCAAGCUGGACUGCUUUAGCAAAGGCACUCGGUCAGUUGCAGGUUACCAACUGUUUCAUGAGUGCAUGCGCCGUCUGUUGGAACCCUUGAUUGCUGCUGGACAUGUGGGAGUUGACAUGGUCUUGCAUCCUAUCCUAGCGGCUUAUGUUGCAGAUCACCCUGAGCAGUGCCUUGUGGCAUGCACAAAAGAGAGUUUUUGCCCCAAGUGCCGUGUUCAUCGUGACGAUCGAGGUAAACCUCUUGACUCCCUUCUCUGUGACCCAGAUCGGACGAUGACUAUGCUAGAGCACAAGUGUUCUGGCCGGAGAGUAGCAGCUUAUACUCGAGAAGGCCUACAUCUUCCUCACGCCAACAUCUUUGCUAGUGUGACACCAGACAUUUUACAUCAACUCCAUAAAGGAGUCUUCCAUGACCAUCUUCUCAAGUGGUGUACUGAGAUUGUGGGGGAAGAGCAGAUUGACGAACGAUAUCGCACAAUGACCAACUACCCUGGCCUUCGCUAUUUCUCCAAAGGGAUUUCACUCGUGUCUCAGUGGACAGGAACAGAGCACCGUGAAAUGCAACAAGUCUUUCUUGGUGUCCUUGCAGGCGCAGUACAACCUUCGGUAUUUCGUGCAUUUCAUUCUCACACCUCUCAGACUCUAGAUGCGCUCCAAAAUGCACUGGACGAGUUCCAUGCACAUAAACACAUUUUCAAGGAUCUCGGAGUGCGCGACGAUUUCAAUAUUCCGAAGCUCCAUUCAAUUUCUGCAGAUGGGUUCAACACUGAGUUCCUGGAACGUUUGCAUAUCGAUUUUGCCAAAAAUGCAUACCGUGCGACCAACAAGCGAGACUAUGUAGUGCAGAUGACUAAAUGGUUGAUGAGGCAGGAGAUGGUUGACCAGUUCUCCACUUACCUUGACUGGCAUUUGGAGAGAUUCAAGGAGCCGCAAACUGGUGGAGACGAGGAAGACGAAGAUAACGAGAAUGAUGCCCCGAAUGAUGAAGCUACGAGUAUUCAGCCUGCGAAUGAUGACUCGCAACCCAAUGACCAGGCCAUCAGUGCACAGUCGCCAAUACACAUCCUAUCGGCUCGUCCUUCAUUCAAGGCAUUGACUAUUGCUGCAAUCACGCACACAUUCGGUGCUCUGAAUUUCUUGCCAGUGCUGUCACAAUAUCUUCACAUUGCUGCUCCAAAUGGACCUAUUUGGCUUUCCAUCCCAUAUAUGAAGCUGCCCGCGAUUCACAUGUCAAAAGGUCUCGAUCACAUUCGCGCAUCUCCCCCCACUGCACAAGCAGGUCGUUCAUCUGUGACUGUCGGAAAAUUUGACACUGUGCUUGUACGUGUUGGGGGAGACAAUGCGCACACUCAAGGGACUGCAUUGGAAGGUCUUCAAAUCGCGCAGCUUCAAUUGAUUUUUGAGAUCCCACGUCACCUGAGAGUGGUUGGACAACCACAUCAACUAGCCUAUGUUGAAUGGUUCCAACCUUUUCGUGCACAAGACGAAUUAUUUCACAUGCAUGCUGUUUCUCGUUCUUAUGCUGGUCAUGUGCCCCACUCGAGUGUAAUCCCUGUGUCCGAUAUUGUUCACAGCUGUCACCUCAUUCUGAAAUUUGGUACUCAAGUGGACAAGAGUUGGGCUGCUGCGCAUGUGUUGGACAGUUGUAAGACAUUCUACCUUAAUUCAUGGAUAGAUAUGUACACUUUUUACAAAUUUCGCAACACAUCAAUGUUAAACUAA